AUGACUACAUCAAAUUUUCAUGCAAAAUCCAGUGCAAGUGAAGUUGUUAAAGGACUUAAUGCAAAAUUAGAUGGAAAAGUUAUACUUAUUACAGGUGCUACAUCAGGUAUUGGUGUUGAAACAGCUCGUGCAUUCGCAUCUGCAAAUGCACAUAUUAUUAUAACAGCACGAGAUAUGAAAAAAGGUGCCGAAGUUAUUGAAGAUAUUAAAAAGACAACGGGUAAUAAUAAAGUUGAAGUAAUGGAAAUGGAUCUUACAUCACUUCAAUCGGUUAGAAAUUUUGUUUCGCAAUUUCAAGCACGUAAAUUACCAAUAAAUAUUCUUAUUUGCAAUGCAGGCAUUAUGGCUUGUCCCUAUUCGAAGACAGUUGAUGGUUUUGAAUCACAAUUUGCUGUUAAUCAUCUUGCUCAUUUUCUUCUGACUACUAGUCUUUUACCUCAACUCAAAGCAGGUAAACCAUCACGUGUCGUAGUCGUUAGUUCAUUGGCAAAUAAAAAUGGUGGUAUCAAUUGGAAUGAUAUUAAUUGGGAAAAAGAUUAUGAAAGAUGGAAUGCUUAUGCUCAGAGUAAAACGGCUAAUAUUCUUUUUGCUAAACAACUCAAUAAAUUAUAUGCAUCGGAAGGUAUCAAAGCUUAUUCUUUACAUCCAGGUGCAAUUUUUACAAACUUACAAAAAAAUAUACCAAUUGAAGAACAACGUGCAAUGGGAUGGUUGAAAGAAGAUGGUACUGCUCAUGGUCUUUUCAAAACUAUUGAACAAGGUGCAUCAACAAGUGUUUAUGCUGCUUUAGCACCUGAACUUGAUAAUCAUGGAGGAGAAUAUCUUGAAGAUUGUGCAAUUAGUCAAGGAGUUAAUUCGAAAGAGAAAUAUCAAGGUAUGGCACCACAUUCAAUAGAUAUGGACGCAGCUGAACGUUUAUGGAAAUUAAGUGAACAAAUGAUCGUUUAUGCAAGUAGUGGACUAUAUACUUUAAUUGAUGUAACAACACUUAUGGCAAUACAAUCAUCAGAUGUUAGAAAUGAAACAAUUUUCUCAUCUAUAAUAGCAUCUCCAGAAACAAUUAUACUUAAUUGGAUUUCACUUAGUGUUUAUUUUAUCGUGGUUCUUCUUAUUAUUAUUCUUCUUUGUGGAAUUCAAUUAAAUAAACCAUGGCUCUUAUUUAUUUGGUCAGUUUUAAUGAUUAUUAUGUUACUUAUUGAUGGUAUUGUUACUGUUCUCUCUCUUCGAGAACAUCAGCAACAGAUUCAUCGACCAUCAAAACAAUUAUAUGGUAUAUUCAUAAGCAUUUUUCAUUUUCGUUAUUUAAAUCAAGCUAUAUCAGAAUACAACACACGACAGAGAAUGUUACUUCGUUACAAUACUGAAUGUCCAUCAGCAUCCUAUGAUGGUUCAUGUACAUAUUCUGAUGGUCUUUUAAAUCCACCCAAAGCUAAUAACAAUGAUUAUCAUAUACCUGAUAUACCACCACCAUCUGUAUCAUUACCAAGAGCACAAAUUGCUACUAUUCAACGUCGUCCAAUAUCAACAAUGUUUCAUUCACGAAAUUAUCUCCAUCCAUCAUCAUCUGAACAUACAAAUCAACAACCUAUAAAUGAUUAUAAUGAAGAUUUUCGAUACAAUGUACCAUUACAAGAAAGAUAUCAUCAACAAAAGAAAAUAGAUACUCAAGAACUAUGA